GGUUCGCCUUCCCGGAUUGGGCCUACAAGCCCGAAUCGAGUCCCGGCUCCCGUCAGAUCCAGCUCUGGCAUUUUAUCCUGGAACUGUUGCGCAAGGAAGAAUAUCAUGACGUCAUCGCCUGGCAAGGGGAUUACGGCGAGUUUGUCAUCAAGGAUCCCGACGAAGUGGCCCGGUUGUGGGGGGUGAGGAAAUGCAAGCCUCAGAUGAACUACGACAAGCUGAGCCGAGCUUUGAGGUAUUACUACAACAAGCGGAUCCUGCACAAGACCAAAGGCAAACGUUUCACCUACAAGUUCAACUUUAACAAAUUGGUGUUGGUUAACUAUCCCUUCAUCGACAUGGGCAUGGGAGGUGGGGCCGUGCCCCAAAGUGCUCCACCUGUGCCUUCGGGUGGGUCACACUUCCGCUUCCCCCCUUCCACCCCAUCUGAUGUCUUGUCACCGGCCGAGGAUCUGCGUUCGCCUGGGGUCUUCUCCGCCGUGGCUCGCCGCCUCGCUCGGGGCUCGGUCAGUGACUGCAGCGAUGGCACCUCGGCCAAUUCAGAAGUGGAGGAGACGUUGGCCGAAGAGCAGCGACGUGGCGGAGGAGGAGAGGCGGGUGGAUUCCGCGGGCCCCCCUUGCCCAGCCAUCCACGUUUGACCCACGAUGCCCUCUUUAGAAUCUAUCCUCGCCCGCGGGUUCCUGAGCCUCUCAGCCCCUUCCCUGUGUCCCCCAUGGCUGGGCCUGCUGCUCUCCUGCCCCCCCAGCUGUCCCCUGCCCUCCCCCUCACCCCCACUCACAUAAAUUACACUCCCUCACCCACCCUCAGCCCCAUGUACCCCAGCGGCUCCCACUUCUCCUUCAACCCUGAGGACAUGAAGCGCUACCUCCAAGCGCACACCCAGAGUGUGUACAACUACCAUCUCAGCCCCAGGGCCUUCCUCCACUACCCCAACAUUAUCAUCCCGCAGCCCCAGCGCCUAGAGAAGCCCCCUCUUCCCCCUCCGCCCCCACAAGCCGAGGAGCCCCCCAGCCCUUUCAAAUUCAAGCUGCAGCCGCCACCGUUGGGGCGCCGCAACCGUGACAAGCAGCCUGCGCCAGUUCCAGCUGUGUCCCCAGGAGACUCCAGUGGUGGCCUUCUCUCCUCCUCCUCCUCCUCCUCCUCCUCUUCUGCAGCUGCUCCGGAGACCCUUGUCCCCCAGAUCAAAGUGGAACCCAUCUCGGAGGGAGAGUCCGAGGAAGAUCUCACCGUGGAAGUCACUGAUAUCAGUGAGGAUGACGAGGAGGUCUUUAAGGCCCCUUCGGCCCCACUGGAGAAGAUUGAAAACGGAGAGACUUCAGCCUUGGCUCCCCCCGUUUCUCGGGCCGGGGAGAGUGGUAAAUGCAUUCCCCUCAAAUUACGCUUCAAACGCCGUUGGAGUGAGGAUCAGCGGCUGGAAGCCAGUGCGACGGGCGACGAAACGGACGACAAGAAAGUGAAGGGCGAGGAGGAUGCCGGUGGUCACGGGGACGCAGUGGGAGGCCGGCGGAUCAGCACGGAGCUGCAGCAGGCCACAGCCGAACUGACCCUGGAGAAUCGGGACUGCUAGACAGGACAUGCAGCUCUCCCUCCCUCCGGACAAAUGGACCGAUGACGGGGUGGGUGGGCUGACUUUGCUGCCUUAACUCAGAGAUUAUCUUUCUACUUUCCUUUCUCCUUCCUUCCUUCUUUCCUUCCUUCCUUCCUUGGCCUGGAACUCUGUACAUGCUCUUCUCCUCCUUUGAAAGUCAGAAAAAAAAAUGUAGGGGGCGGGGAAGUUUUUACUUGUCUAUAUGCAUAUAUAAAUCUAAAUCUAAAUAUAUAUAUUAUAUAUAUGUAAAACCUCUGCAGGGGUGGGGGGAUUUUUAAAAAUUAAUAUGCCAGGUUUGUUUUUAAGGGGUCUCUUUUCUCUUCCCCCUUCCCCCCCCCACCUCAUACACUAUAAGCCUCAGGACCUUUUUAAUUAAGAUUGCCCCCCAAAUACGGUGUAGUUUGAAAAAAAGCAUUCGGGAGGUGGGGAAUAAGGGUAGUCUUACGAAAGCCACCACCCCGCUAUUUUCCUCGUCCUCACACUCACAAACUUGCAAUUAGCAAUCUUAAGCACAAUACACUUUUUAAUCCCCCAGUGGAUCAAAAAGAGAGUUAGCCAUAUGUUCUCUGUCCCUCUUAACUCCUUCUCCGUGCGCCUUUGGUGUUUAGCCAUGCUGGCCACACGACCACGGAAAUUGUCUUCGGACGCCGCCGGCUCCUUCUGCCAAGAAACAGAGUUGAGCACGAUGCCCUAGAGUUGGAUACCUUAUUACCUUUUACAUAUUAAACUAAUUAAAUAUUUUAUAGGCUGCCCAAGAAUUCCUCUUCGCUCAAAGCAGCAUAGGCGAGCCAAAAGGAUGGACGCGCCUGCUGUCGAUGGUUAGCGUGGGAUCAUCGAGGCAUCCUUGUUAAAACGCUUUUUUGUCUGUUGUGUUGCUGCGUCUUCUAACCUAGAAUAAGAAGGGGAUCGAUCCCAUGCGUUUUCGGGGCUUGCUACCCCCGUGGAUGGUUGAGGGUGUGUCUUUGCAACAUGCCAUCCUCGCCACCAGUGGCAAAAGAGGCAUUUUCUAUCGUAUCUUUGCCAAACCCACCAAAGACUUCCCUUUGUAACGAUGCUUUAGGGAAACCAAGACAAAACAAUACAAAACAAGGAUAGGCUUGGGCCUAGCUCAGGCUUAUCCAGCCUGCAGGCCGCAUAUACUCCUGGAGAGCUAGUAAUGUGGCUGCACGAGAUUGUAAACUUUUUAAAGUGUGAUUUAUAUACAUUAACUAUAUUACAGGUAGUCCUCCAUUUACCAACGCAAUUGAGCUCCAAAUUUCGGGUUGCUAAGCGAGACAAAUUAUUAAGUGAGCCUUGCUCACUGACCCGAGUGAUUCGCUUAAACAAUGGGCGGGGAUAGUUGAUAAAACAAAGGUAAUUUUGCCGUUUCGUGAGACAGUUAAGUGACUCAUGAAGUUGUUAAGUGAAACAUGCAGUUGUUAAGAGAAUCCAGCUCUGCCCACUAUCACAAAUAGUGAUGACAUGGCCCCCCCCCCCCCCCCAGGCCAAUGCAACUGUCAUAAAUACAUGACAGUUGGCAUGUGUCUGAAUUUUGAUCAUGUGACCAUGGGGAUGCUGCAACGGUCGUAAGUGUGAAAAAUCGGUCAUAAAGUCACUUUUUCCAGUGCCAUUGUAACUUUGAACGGUCAUUAAACAAAUGGUUGUAAGUCGAGGACUACCUGUAUGUAUGUUACAUGCCGACCAGGAUAAUUCCAGAACCAGUUUGGUCUAGUGGUUAAGGCAACAAGCUUAGAAAGCAGGAGGCCGCGAGUUCAAGUCCCGUCUUAGCGAUGAAAGCCAGCUGGGUGACCGUGGGCGGUUGGUUCCCUAUCUCUCUGCCCAACCCACCUCACAGGGUUGUUGUGAGGAAAUAGGAGGAGGAAAGUGUGUUUUGAAUAUGUUCUCACCGCCUUGAGUUAUUUGUAAAAAACAAGGCAGGAUACAAAUAAAUAAAAUUAAAAAAAAAAACCUCUUCACUCAGUGCGGCCCAGGCAAGCCGAAAGGUGGGACCCCCACGGCCAUUUAACCUCAUUAGGUUUGGGAAUUAAGGGUGGGUGGGAUAUUUGAAGAGUUUUUUUAAGUGCCUGUUGAAAUGCUGUUUCCAAGGGAACCUAAGCAGGGAGCGGACAUUCCUUUUUCUCUCUCCGUCUGCACAACUGUUGUCCCUGAAAAGACGGCUGUUCCUUUCCUUGUGCCCCCUUCCCUCCCAGCAACUUCAGAAAUUAAGACACCGUUUUCCUCCCAUCUUGUUAAACAAUUCCACUUUUUUUGCAAGGGAAUGUUUGGGGGGGGGGUGUCAAACAAAAGAGACACUGCAGGAUGGGACGGUGCCUUAGAGAAAACAAAAACAUUUGGGAAUCUUGCAAUGGAUGUGCUCCAAAUCCUUAUGGAUGUAUUUGCCUUGCUCUCCACUCUGUUAGGAUCAGAGAUUAUUCAGUUCCCCCAAAGAGACAGAUUUGCAUGUAGACAACUCCCCAACCCCCCAAAAAGCUGAUUUAUGGGAUGCUGCCAUGAACCCGAAGGCAGGAUCUGGAAUUAUCUCCUUGUGAGGUCAAUAUAAAGCAGUAAUGUGCUUGAGGGUUGUUUUAUAUAUGUGUGUGUGUAUAUAUAUAUAUAUGUAUAUACAUAUACAUAUAUAUAAUAUGCAUAUAUAUAUAUAUAUAGCCUUAUUCAGAUUCUUGUACAUAUCAAAGAAAAUGGGGUGUCGUUCAUUUUAAGAAUGUACAAAAAAAAAAAUGAAACCAAUAAAGGGUUUUGAGAUUUCAUAACCUGGUGGUCCAUUAUGAAUUUUGGAAUAUUGGGGUGAGAAAUACGUACAGUUUGUGGGAAGCAGAGAUACCUUGGUGGGCUGGGGAAGAAAGUUGGAGAGCAUACAGUGGUCCUCGACAUACGGCCACUAUUAAACCCAGAAUUUCCGUUAACCGGGCAAGAUGGUUGUUAAGUGAGUUUUACCACCAUUGCUAAGUGCAGUCGGUUACUAAGCAAAUCUGGCUUCCCACAUUGACUUCGCUUGUCAGAAUCCAGCUAUGAAGGUCACAAAUGGGAGUUACAUGACCCUGGGAUAACCAUCAUGAACACAUGCCAGUUGGCAACUAUCCUAAGUUUGAUCACAUGCCCAUACGGAUGCUGCAAUGGUCAUAAGUGUGAAAACGUCAUAAGUCCCCCCCCCUUUUUUUUUUGCAGUAUCAUUGUAACUUCAAACGGUCACUGAAUGGUUGUAAGUCGAGGACUGUGUUUGGGUAAUAAAAGCUCUUUGCUAAAGUAGG